AGAGUAUGAUAUACAAUGACAGGCAGUUAUCAUUUUCUUUAAAUUUUAUUUUUACUUGGUUUGUUCAGUGAUAGGUACAUAUUUUCUUAAGCAAUGUAUAUUUUGGUUGCCCACCCGAAAGUAUAUACCACUAUAGUGAAGAAAGACAAGAGGCGAAAACGGAAAAAAAUUGCGUUGGAGUCGAAGUGUGAAGUGGAUUUUUUUGUAGUGAUUUUCUUUUCAGUUUUUAGAAGUGAACAACUGUCUAUAACGAAAUAAAAUGUCAGUUUCUGUGCUCUGAAAGUCGUGCUUUAAGUUUUUAGUGUGAAAAUUUGGUUUCCGUUAUAUUUAAUCGGUGUUUCCUAUGUAAAACAGUACCAUCAAUUGUCAGUGAAUUGCUGCCUUGUAAAAUAAAAAGAAGUGAACAAGAGCUAAAGCAUCGGCAGCUGGUUUCUAAAGCUCCAUUUAGGAGUGCAUGGGAAAAAGAGAGGCAAAGAAAAAUGUCGACUAGUGAGAUUGAAGAAUUUGUAAAUGGGGCACUUAUUUCAUGGAUUGAAUCCUGUUUGCCACGGGAUGAGAUUAUUUCCGGCUAUGUGUCACUGCUUGAUGGGACAAUUUUACACAGUGUUUAUCUUCAAAUUGAUCCAGAACCGCAGUAUCAUCCGGUGAAAUUGAAAAAUGCUGAAGGACUCACGUUGUCUUCUGCACGCUCGAAAAACUUCGACGCUAUUGUGAGAAAUCUGAGGAAUUUGUAUGAUGAAGAGCUAGGACAGACUAUAUUAGCUCUACCAGACUGCACCAUAUUGGGGCACUCACCGGAAUCUCGAGGUGGACUGGAACAGAUGAAACUUCUCAUUACCUUGCUUUUGGGUGCAGCAGUACAAUGUCCCAAUAAAGAAAUAUUCAUUGCUCGAAUAAAAGAGCUGGACGUAGAUACACAACAUGCAAUUGUAGAGGUUAUAAAACAGGUUACUGAUAGCCAAACUUUGGUGCUAACACAAGAGGCAAUUGAUCAAUUACCCGCAGACAUAAUGUGUAAGCACAUCGUGCGACUUGCUAAGGAACGAGAUCAAUAUCAUAGUAAAUGGAUGUCCUCAGUAAUAUUGGAAAAUGAUACGAUGAACAGUUCAACAUCCAAAUCCAGUUUGCAUAAUUCCUCUUCUUCGAUGACUAGUUCUGCCAAUACACCAUCUACGUCUUCGGAAAACAAUCAUUUGGCAGUGGAACUAGCAGAUUUCAAAUCAAAACUACGAAAAUUACGCCAAGAAUUGGAAGAGAAAUCCGAAUUACUGAUGGAAGUUAAAGAAGAGCUUGACCAUAAGUGUAACCAGUACGAAAAGCUGAGAUCAGAAAGCCAUGAUUGGUACACAGAAGCUAGGCGAGCUGUUGCAUACAGAGAUGAAGUUGACGUUCUGAGAGAACGUGGAGAACGUGCAGAUCGUCUCGAGGUAGAAGUGCAGAAGCUGAGAGAGAAAUUAUCCGACGCUGAAUUCUAUCGAACGCGGGUUGAAGAACUACGAGAAGAUAACCGAAUGCUUCUGGAAACUAAGGAAAUGCUUGAAGAACAGCUACUUCGCUCUAGAAAGCGUAGUGACCAAGUGAUGAUUCUAGAGGCCGAGAUAAUAAAGUUCAAACAAAUGCUAAAUGAUAUGUCUCUAGAACGUGAUGUCGAUAAAAGUAAACUUCAAGAGCUCCUGGAGGAAAACGUCCAACUACAGCUGGCUACGAAAAAUUUAAUGGCUGGUUCUGAAGCUGCAGUGAAUCUGAGUCAUUCAGAUACAGAAGACGAUGUACCAUCCAACGAUAACAGUUUAUCGGAACAAUUGUCAACAAAUGCUCAGUCACGUGCUUUAAAACUGGAACUGGAGAAUCGACGACUUCUUGCAGCACUCGACAGUUUGAAAGAAUCUUCCUUCCAUGAAUCGUCGAACAAAAUACUGGAGUUGGAAAAAGAGAAAAAGAAACUUUCCCUACGUCUUGAACAAGUACAAGAGAACUGUAAUCGGUUGGCACAACAGAACAGUGAGCUUGAAGGUGUUUUUAAAAAUGCACUGGAAGAGAAUAAAAAACUUCAAGAUGCAUUGGACGCCAAACAAGGAAUCAUAGACAAGCAAAGUCACGAUCGUGAGUUAGAUCGGAUACGACAAAUUGACUUUGAAAAGCAAAUCGAAAGUCUAACCAAGGAUAAGCAACGCGUGCAAAAUUUGUGUGAAAGCAUUCAGCGAAGGACGAUAGAUUUGGAACGCUCGAUCGAGAGUAAAACAAAGGAGGUUCAUCAACUAAAUGAACGGUGUAUUGAACUAGAAUUGAUCAAAAAGGAAUCGUAUGAAGUGAAAAACAAAGUGACAUCAUUAGAAAAAGAGAAUGUUAGUCAAGGAAAAGAUUUGUCUAAAUAUAAGGAAAUACUAGAACAGAAAAGCGUUGAGCUAGAUGAUGCUAGCAUAAGAAUAGAACAGAAAGAUAAGGAAAUUUGCCAACUUAUCAAACAGCGAGAAGAUAGUAUUGUACUAGAUAAAAAAGUGCAAGAAUUGGAAAAGCAAAACCAAGAGCUUUUGUCCCAUAAAAAAAUUCAGGAUGAAACCAUUUCAACGCUCAAGAAGGAUCUCUACGAUGGCACGCUGGCUAAGAAAAAAGUGAAACAAAACCUUGAAAGGCUUGGAUUGAACGAAAGUGAUAUAGAAAAGACCGAUUUGAAUGUGGAAGUAUUUGUAGAAAAACUUUGCAAAAAUCCGGAAUCAUUCAAAACUGUUCGAGAAAUUGUACUUAACGUUGGAAAAGAGUCCACAAAAUCGGCUGACAUUUGCGUGUUAUGUCAUAGGCAAGAAAUUUAUACAGUUGAAAAAGACAUUGAAUUCACAAAUUAUGAAGAUUCAGCAGCUCCGAGUGAAAUAGAAGUAAAAUUGGAUCAAAUCAAAAUCGAAAAUGUUGCGCUCCAAGCAGCUAACGAAUCUAUGCAAGCGGAAAAUGCUCGUCAAAAAGUUGAAGUGGCCACUCUUGGUUCACAAAUUACAUCUUUGAAUACACAACAUGUAGCAUUACAGUUAGCUAACUCGCAGUUGGCUGCUGAAAAGGAUAUGUUAGUUAAGCAAGUAGAAGCCAAAAAACAAGCUUAUGAAUCGCUGCAGCAUGAUCAGAUCACUCUUCAAUGCCUUCAUGAACAGUUGAGCAGUGAGUAUGAUUCACUGAACAAUGAAAAAGAAAUUCUGAAAAAUUCCAUCCGUGAUUUGAAGACCGAAAAUCGGGACAUUAAAGAGCAUGCUUUAGUGCUGGAAAAGCAAUUGGAUGAUAGUAAAAUGGAAUUAGCUUCUAUGAAAGAUGGAACAACAAACCUGACAAAUUUAAGAGCGGAGCACUCCAAAUUAAAAGAUGAUUUCCGUUGCUUGUUCACAAAUAGCGAACGAUUGAAGCAGGAGUACAAAAAUAGACAAGAACAGUAUCGUUCAUGUCGUUCGGAAAAUAGUCGAAUGAGGCUUCAGAAUACCGAGCUUACCGGUGAAUUGAGUAACAAGGUGGAGCAAAUAACAAACCUUGAAAUUGAAUAUACUAAAAUGAAUCAAAGAUGUGAGAUGCUGCUACAAAUGAACUCUAGUUUAGAUAUUGAUAGAAGAACCUUGAUGGACCACGUAUCACAAUUGUUGGCUCAAUAUCAUGAGUUGCUGGCACACUCACUUGAAGAUAAACAACACUACCACGAUGAGGAAAAGAGUUUUACGGAUCGUGUGAACAACCUACAUCGUCAAAAAGAGAAGCUCGAAGAAAAAAUAAUGGAACAUUAUCGCAAACUGGAUAGUUGCUCACCAAAAAAGAAACCAUUUGGAUUAAAUUUUGUCAAGAAGGUGCGAAAAGCUGGAUCAGAGUUGAUGAAUCGAGUGCCCAAUAGGAACCGACGCUCAUGGGUAGAUGAAUCACGACUUACCCAAUCUCAAUUCACUCUUGGGUCAGAAUCUGGCGGAAAUGAAUCAGAUAACAGUAUAGAAGAGCCAAACUCCGUUGCAUCGGAUACAAAUUUGUUGCAGCGAAACUCUGUAAUUAGACAAAGUUUGCAACGAAAACCUAAUAAUGAAGCGUUGAAUACUAGCCUCCUGAGAGGAGGUAUCCGGAGUAGUUUGCAGGCAUCUCGCAGAGAUGAAGUAAACCAGUCCCACAGGAAUAGUUUUCCUGGAUUCGAAACUACUACAGAUACAUUGAAUCUUGGAACUGCAGGAACACGACGUACAGUAUAUUUAAUGGAUGGAAAAGCAACUAAUGCUACAAACUCGGGAUCUAGUACACCGACCGGCGUAGCUGGAUUAUCAAGUUCAUCUCCUCCAGCAUCGCUAACUUCACCACCAUCAGGAUCGGGUGCCACUCACGCUCAAGCAAUGUCCAGCGGUCAGAACAUGCAAAAUAAUACAAAUUCCAGUAACUCGACAAAUAAUGCCACAAAUAACAACAAUAACGACACGUUUCUGUUGCUUAAUCGAGUCUCCACUACAACAACACUUAAAACGACGGAAUCUAGUUCCGUUCCACAAACCAUGGUAGUUAAUCCACAUCCUUCUGGAAGUCCUUCGAACACGACUUCUGCAACCGUUGUCCUCAACACUGAUGAUGCGAACAAGAAAGAUCCAACCAAUAAGAAAGCCAAGAAUGAAUCGAAAAACCGCGAUAGUGCAAUUUGGUAUGAGUACGGAUGUGUUUGAUAAUAGGUCAUGAUACCUUCUGUAAAAAUGAGGUAUUUCGUCUUUGUCGUGCAACUCGUCACUGCACCAUCUGACCAUUUUUGUUUUUAGAAUCAGGCAGUUUAAAAUGCAUUUAUUUCAAAAAAAAAAUCACAACACUGUUUUCCAUGACAUUCAACACGCAAGAAAAUUGUAUUUAUAGAAAACAAGUAGACUGAAAAAGAACGUAUUCCACGAAAGAAGGCUUAAACAUGUAAAUCUAAGGAAACAGAAUAUUGUUGGUACUAAGAAAUAGAAUUUUGUAAAUGCAACUCCUUUCUCAUAACGCGAAUCGUUCCAAGGAGUAAGAUAGCACAAAUGUGUGACCAAUACAACGACUGUAAAAACGAAUAAGAUAGGCACCAAAUUAAUUCAUUCGACUUGACUCAAAAGAUCUGAUUAUGGAAAUAUUCAAUAUAAGUCAUUCAUUGUUUGAGAAAUAAGAAAUGGCGCUUUAUAUUGUUAUGCUUUUUGCCGAUUUGAAGCUUUUUUAUUAUAAGACAAGGAAUACUACUAGAAAUUAUGUAUAAAUGUGAUAAAACUUAAACGUAACUGUUAACCAUGCUAACGCUAGUUUUAAGACAAAUUUUCAAAUUAAUUUAACAUUUUGGUGUAAAUAAAUGAAAUCCAACAAAUUAUACGAUAAAGAAAAAAAAACAU